AUGUCGUCCGCUGCCGAUAAGUCAAGGCAGUCUUCUGGCGGCAGAUCCCUCUUCUCCAGAGGCAAGCACCGCGCCGACAAGCGCUACACCGACAUCGAUCCCAAGAGCUCCUCAGAUCAGUUCGAAACGGCGUCCAUAAUUUCUUCGCGCUCCUCGCGCCACAAGCGGGAGUCGUCGUCGAUUUCGAUCGACCAACCCAGUUCUCCUGAUGCUGGCAUCAACCAGAUGGCGGGUGUGAUUACGUCCAUCCCCUACGACGUCCCGCCAGGCUCCCGCUCGCCAGCCGCACACGAGUUCAUCCCCAAGCCCGACAACGUACCAGGGCGCCGCGAGCCUGUGCCUCAUCAGCUCAACCUCAGCGGCUUCGACUACCACCAGUAUCCGUCCAUCGAUCCGUCCGCCAUGUCUUCCUCCCACCCCCACACCUCGGCGCGCCCGGGCACCUCGUCCAACAUGUCCAUCAACAACAUCACCAUGGCCACCACCGGCAAGCAAGCCCAGUACCAGCAAUGGGGCCCAGGGCCUGCCGUCGGAGCUGUGCCUGGAGGCGGCCCGGCUCGUGGGAGCACGUCCAGCUCCGCAACCAACGGCUCGUAUCCCGUGCGCCAGGGCUACCUGAAUCCGGCAUCCGCCCGCUCCUCACACACAACGCUUGCGCCCUCGCCGCCUUUGAGCUCACAUCACCAGCCUCACUCGCCCCGCGAGUCUCACCGGUUAACCAAGAUGAGCGCCUACGGCCCGACCGCUCACGAUGGUUUCUACUUCCCCAAGCCUGAUGAUAACUACGUUGUCGAGCAGAUGUUUAUGCAGCUCAUGCAGAAGCGAGGAUGGCACAACCUUCCCGAGCAAGCCAGGAGACAGAUGACGGCCUACCCCGCAGAGAAGAAGUGGACAUUGCUGCACCAGGACCGUCUGACGGAGUGGCAAGGAGAGCAGAAACGAAAGCAGACCGCCAGGGCCAAUCAGUAUGCCACACCCGACGUAACCACCUAUUCUGAUGAGGAGGGAACCCCCGAGUGGUAUGUCAGGAGGGUCAUGGAGGAUAAGCUGGAUGCGAAGGGUAUGGGGUCUCUCGAAGUCAACUUGAGAACACAGCAGAUUGGCUGGGUGAAACGAUUCGUCGAAUGUCAGGGUCAAGUGGCUCUGGUAACAUUGCUGCUCAAGAUCAACAGGAAAAAUGCCAACGGAGGGCCAGCUUCUGGGGCGAUCUCUGCACAGACGGAGAAGAAUUUGGAUCGCGAAUACGACAUUGUCAAGUGUCUUAAGGCCUUGAUGAACAACAAAUUCGGCGCCGACGAUGCUUUGAUGCAGUCAAAGGUCCUCCUGGCCUUGGCCAGUUGCCUUAUUUCAUCUCGACUUACCACGCGCAAGCUCGUCAGCGAAAUUCUGACCUUCCUCUGCACCUGGGGCACUCACGGCGAAGGACACUUGAAAGUGAUUCAGGCUCUGGACGAAGUCAAGACUCAAGUGGGCGAGAAUGGGAGAUUCGAUGCCUGGAUGCGGUUGGUGGAAGUCACCGUCGAUGGGCGAGGAAAGAUGGGCAGUCUUGUGGGUGCUAGCGAUGAGCUUCGUACGGGAGGCAUCGGAAUGGAGAACCUACUGAUGGAAUACGCGGUUGCCACCCUGAUUCUGGUCAACAUGAUCAUCGACGCACCGGAAAAGGACCUCCAGAUGAGGGUUCACAUUCGAGCCCAGUUCCACGCCUGUGGCAUCAAGAGGAUCUUGACCAAGAUGGAGGGCUUUCAGUACGAACUACUAGACAAGCAGAUUGAUCGGUUCCGCACCAACGAGGCCAUUGAUUAUGAGGAUAUGCUCGAGCACACGAUCCAACAGCAGCUACACGGAACCAAGACGCAUGACUAUUUCGUAUCCGCGCUUCAGCACCUCAUGCUCAUCCGAGCCAACGAUGGUGAAGAGCGACUACGCAUGUUUCAGCUCGUCGAUUCGAUGCUCAGCUAUGUGGCCAUGGACCGACGCCUACCCAAUAUGGACCUCAAGCAGAGUCUCAACUUCACGGUUCAGAGUCUGCUGGACAAGCUGCAUACCGAUUCUGAAGCUCGGCAGGCACUCGAUGAGGCGUUGGAGUCCCGACAGAUUGCCGAGGCCGCCAUGGCGGAGCGAGAUGAGAUGAAGGCAAAGUUGGAGCUCGGAGCCGAUGGCCUCGUGGCCAAAUUGCAGAGGCAGCUAGACGAACAGUCUCGGUUCAUUGAGGCUCAGAGGCGCCAGGCAGACGGCCUCAAAGGCGAAUUAAAUAACAUUCAAAGCGUCCGAGCCAAGGAAGCGCAGCGCUAUGAGCUUGAGACAAGAGAGCUGUAUCUGAUGCUGCGAGAUGCCCAGGACAUUGCAGCAUCUAAUGCUGUUAAGGCCAGCAGUGGCAAGCCCGGCAAAGAAACCAGCUCAGCUCAGAUGCAAGGUAUUCUUGACCGCGAACGCCUCAUGGAGCGUCUGCAGAAGCAGCUGGAGCGACAAAAGACCCAGUAUAAGCUGGAAGGCAGAAUUUGGGGAGACUCAGAUGGUCCCUCCGAUCGCCUCCGUGCCCUCAGAGAAGCCAUGGAUGGCGACGGGGAACCAGGCACCCCCCCUGGUGGCGGUACACCACCUCGCGACUUCACUAACAGUGUUCUCGGGACCAUCCAUCGUGGUCGGAGAGCGUCCAAGCGACCGGCUAAGCUCGAGCAGCAUGCCAUUGACGAAGAUGAUGUCGAGAUGGAUGAGGAGGGUGUGGUUAUCGAGCGCCCGAGAAUCAUCGAGAUGAGACGACCAGUUGUCGAUGCAAAGCAGCAGGCACAGCUUCUCGGCGAGAUUGGUUCCAAGGUCAAGAAAUACGAGGGCAGCGAUUCCGAAGCCGACGAGGGCGCAACUACAGGCCCAUCCCACCCGAGCAUGGAGUCGUCCUCCCCCAUUACUCCGGCAGAAGGCGAGGCCCCCAAGGUCGAGAUCACCGCUGCCGGAGGACCCCCGCCGCCUCCGCCUCCGCCUCCUCCCCCGAUGCCCGGUCAACUGCCCGGAGUUCCACCUCCUCCGCCUCCUCCUCCACCUCCUCCGAUGCCGGGCGCGUUCCCCGUUCCCCCACCUCCUCCACCUCCGCCCCCUAUGCCCGGUGCGAUGGGAAUGCCACCACCUCCCCCACCGCCGCCGCCCAUGCCUGGUGUCGGAGGUAUGGCUCCGCCUCCACCACCGCCUCCUGGCAUGCCAGGCGCUAUAUCCGGUCACUACUUGCCUCAGACACCUGCCUUCUCCGCUUCGCCUUCUGUUGGUUUGCCAGUGAUGCGGCCUAAGAAGAAACUCAAGGCUCUUCACUGGGAGAAGGUUGAUACCCCUGAGACCAGUCACUGGGCAGCUCAUGCCCCCUCUGCCGAGGAACGAGAACAGAAGUACAACGAGCUUAGUCGCAGGGGAAUUUUGGAUGAAGUCGAGAAGCUUUUCGUGGCCAAAGAAAUCAAGAAGAUUGGUGGAUCUGGCGGCAAGAAAGAUGAUAAGAAACAGCUUAUAUCGUCCGACCUUCGGAAAGCAUUCGAAAUCGCUUUUGCCAAAUUCUCUCAGUACUCGGUUGAAAAGAUUGUGCAGAUGAUUAUCCAUUGCGACGACAUCAUCAUCACAAAUCAGGGUAUCAUGGACUUCUUGUCAAAGGACGACAUGUGCAACAUCAACGACAACGUCGCCAAGCAAAUGGCACCCUAUAGUACUGACUUGACAGGGCCAGACGCCAAGAACCAAACGCGUGAACAGGAUCCCGAAGAGCUCACGCGACAGGAUCAGAUGUAUCUGUAUACGGCAUUUGAACUUCAUCAUUACUGGAAGAGCAGAAUGAGGGCGCUUGCUCUGACGCAAAGUUUCGAAUCGGAUUACGACGAGAUCAGUGCGAAGAUGCAGGACGUUGUUGCUGUCUCUGAGUCAUUGAGAGAUUCGGUCGCACUUAUGAAUGUCCUUGGUCUCAUCUUGGACAUUGGAAACUACAUGAACGAUGCCAACAAGCAAGCGCGCGGUUUCAAGCUCAGCUCGCUCGCCAGACUGGGCAUGGUCAAGGAUGACAAGAACGAAUCGACGCUGGCCGAUCUUGUGGAGCGCAUUGUUCGAAACCAGUAUCCUGAGUGGGAGAGCUUCGCCGAUGACAUUACUGGUGUCAUAACGGCGCAAAAGAUUAACAUUGAACAGCUUCAAGCCGAUGCCAAGAACUACAUUGCCAACGUGAAGAAUGUGCAAAUGUCCCUGGAUAAUGGCAACUUGAGCGACCCCAAGAAGUUCCACCCUCAGGAUCGCGUUGGUCAAGUCGUUCAGAGAGUGAUGAAGGAGGCCAGAAGGAAGGCAGAGCAGAUGCAAGUCUACUUGGAGGAGAUGAUGAAGACUUACAAGGACAUUAUGUUGUUCUACGGAGAAGAUCCCGCAGACGAGAACUCUCGGAGGGAUUUCUUCACCAAGCUCGCCGGCUUUUUGCAGGAGUGGAAGAAGUCGCGCGAGAAGAACGUUUUGUUGGAGGAGACGAGGAAGCGCAACGAAGCCUCCAUGAAGCGCAAGCAUGCGCAGACGAAGGCGGCAAGUCUCUUGGCAGACAAUGGACCCGCAUCGCCAUCAAGCACUGGCGCCAUGGACUCACUGCUCGAGAGACUUCGAGCAGCCGCACCGCAGGCACGGGACCAGAGAGACCGUCGCCGUCGUGCCCGCUUGAAGGAUCGCCACCAGGUCCGUGUGGCCUCUGGGCAGCAGAUAAACGAUCUCGACGAAAUACCAGACAUCGAGACCAACUUCUCCAAGUCUGAGCCAACAAUUGACGAAGACGGAGAUUCGCAAACGCCCGUUUCGCUGCCCCCUCCCUCGCGAGAUGGGAAUAAGGAAGAUGAUCUGGCUGACCGAGCAGCGGCGCUGCUACAAGAUAUGCAGGGAGGCAAUGGAAACGACGAGGGGGAUGUCGAGAGGAGAGAGACGAUGAGAAAGGCGAGGAGGCAGACGGCAGAGGAAGAACGGAGAGCGAGAAGAAGACGGAGAGAGAGGGCCUCCAGCACAGUAGAUGGAGCUAAGGAUGAGUCUUCUAUUUUAUCGGUAUCAGAGGAUGUCCCACCCACACCAACACUUGACGUGCCUAAGCAAGAGGAGGAGGCUACAACGACGUCAGAAGUCAAGACGGAUGCGAAGGAGGAAGAAAACGCUGGCCAAGACGGCAGGCCGGAGGAAUCCGAGAAGAUACAGGAGUAA